AUGCAGUUCAGCAGUGUCUUCCUUAUUGCCUUUGCCGCCGUAGCAGUUUCAGCCGGUGAGCUCCGAAUGGUCCGCCGUGCGGCGGCCGAAAAGCCCGCCAAGGUCUUGGCGGGCAACCCCACUAUUUCGAUUACCGGCACUGGUGCUGACGACGUUGCGGCCAAGCCUGAUGCUUGCGGAACUGUUACCCCCACUGGUCAGAACCCCCAGACGGUCUGUAUCAAGAAGGUCACCGCCACGGGAUUUGAUGCCACCGUCAAGGACACGGUGACCAAGACGGUUGAGAAGUGCUCGGUGGAGGGCAAGGAGGGCGCCUGCGGUACUGCUGGUGCCGGUGCCAAGCUGAGCAACCUGGCCGACGGGAAUUAA